AGAGAGAGAGAGAGAGAGAGAGAGAGAGAGCGAGUAGCGCUUCAGUCGGCACCGGAGUCCACCUCCAAUCCGCAGGCUGCCAUCUGAUUCGGGAAUAUCGAUCCGAUUCGAUCAAUAAGGAUACUCGAUCUCCGUGCAAACUUUGCGCCCGGCUUUCUGCAGCACCCUGCCUCGCUUUUUUUUUUUUUUUUUUAUCUUGCCGGGUAAGAUGUUAGCACCGCAGCCAACAUCCCCCCGCGUCCAUUCAUGAGUGGUGACAAGUCGUCUUCUGGCUCGGACGUGCGACAGGUCCGGCGGGCAGGACGAGCCGUGGGAGGAAUACAAAUGAUACUUGUGUAAGGAAAAAACGUCCGCCGAGAACGAUGAGUCGGGCUGCCGAUGUGGAGCGUUGAAACCGAGGCGUUUCAGUUUCUAGUUGGGGUUUUUUUUUUUUUGGUUUUUGCCCCCCUGCCGGGGCUCCCGUCCACCGCCGCCGCCUGAAGCGAGGAUCCGAAGAAUUGCAGGAGUGUUGGUGUGAUCUGUGGCCAAACGGAGGGAUGACAGUCAAGCUGGACUUUGAGGAGUGCUUGAAAGACUCUCCCCGCUUCAGAGCUGAGGUCGAAGUGGUCCAGAACGAUGUGAGCGAACUCGAGACACGAUUAGAAAAGCUUGUGAAGCAAUGCCAGGCCAUGCUGGAGGCAGGCAGAGUCUACUGCCAGACCAGCAAGGGCUUCGUCAACGGCCUCCGGGAGCUGGGACACCAGUGCUCCGGGGACAAGAUGAUGGAGGAGUGUUUGGACAAAUUUUCCAAAAAGCUGUCUGCUAUCUUGGAUGCACAGGGGGAAGUGAUUGAAACCACACAGAAGUCAGUCAAGACGAAGCUGCAGAACUUUGUGAAAGAAGAUGUACGUCGGCUGAAAGAUGUGCGCAAGGAGUUUGAGCGCAGCAGCGAAUCCCUGGAGGGAGCGCUGUCGAGAAACGCUCAGGCGCCGCGGGGCAAGCAACACGAAGUGGAGGAGACAAGUAAUGCUCUGCUCAACGCACGAAGGGCUUUUCGGUCUGGGGCCUUGGACUACGUGCUGGAGAUUAAUGUCUUCGAGGCCAAGAAGAAGACAGACAUUCUGAUGGCAAUGUUGUCACUGAUGGAGGCCCAGGCCCAGUUCUUCCAACAAGGCCACCAGUCUCUGUCAGAACUGGACGAGUAUCGACGAAAACUGAAUGAAGAGCACACUCAGUUUGUUCUAAACUCAGCCAGAGAGAAGAGGGACAUGGAGCAAAGACAUGCUGCAAUCAAGAAAAAGGAUGUCUCCUACGAUGACUCCAUCAUGGAUUUCAAUGCUGACGCAGCUAAUGGGAUCGCCAUGGAAGGAUACCUUUAUAAGAGAGCCAGCAACGCCUUCAAGACCUGGAGCAGGCGCUGGUUUUCAAUUCAAAAAAAUCAGCUGGUGUAUCAGAAGAAAUUCAAGGACCAGCCCACGGUUGUGGUGGAGGACUUGCGUCUUUGCACAGUAAAGCCCAGCACUGAAAACGAGAGACGAUUCUGCUUUGAAGUGGUCUCCCCGUCGAAGUGCUGUUUGAUGCAGGCGGACUCAGAGAGGCAGCAGCAAGGGUGGAUCAGUGCCGUCCAAAACAGCAUUGCCUCAGCCUUUCAGGAGCGUAGAGAGGACCCACACAGCCCAAGACAGCGCUGCAGCUCGGUGUCAGCAAGCAGCUUGGGAGGCGGGGGAGGAGGAGGAGGAGGUGUGGAUCAGGAGAAGGAGGGCUGCAAGGCGCUGGAGGAGGUUCAGGCCAUCCCGGGGAACCGGCAGUGCUGCGACUGCGGGGAGCCUGGUCCUGAUUGGGCCUCCAUCAACCUGGGCAUCACGCUUUGUAUUGUCUGCUCAGGAAUACAUAGGAGCCUGGGAGUCCAUUUCUCCAAAGUGCGCUCCCUCACCCUCGACUCCUGGGAGCCAGAGCUUAUUAAGUUAAUGUGUGAAUUAGGAAACACAGUAAUCAACAGGAUCUAUGAGGCCCGGAUCGAUGAGAUCACCAUCAAGAAGCCACAUCCCUCCAGUCCCAGAGGAGACAAGGAGUCGUGGAUUCGAUCAAAGUACGUUGAAAAGAAGUUUAUCCAGAAGUUGCCAGAGACUGGCCGAAACCCCCCGCUGAGGCGAUCCAGCGCCAGGAGGAACAGGGCGACCACGCAGGACCACACCAUGCAGCGGCCGCCGCUCAAACCCAAACCGAACCGGGCCACUCUGCCUCGGUUCACAGGGCUGAGCCCCAGUGACCUUUACCAAAAGAACAAUACAAGCUUUUCCAAAGAUGUGGGCGAGGAAGAAGAGGAUCUGAGCGGACUUCACCCGGGGGCACUGUUGUACCGAUCAGCCGCCCUGCAGAACUUCCCCGUCAUGGCAGACGCUUUGGCUCACGGAGCUGAUGUUAAUUGGGUCAACGUGGCUGAGGACACCAGCACACCGCUGAUACAGGCCGUCUCAGCGAACGCCCUGGCAGCCUGUGAGUUCCUGCUGCAGAACGGUGCCAACGUCAACCAGGCAGACAGCAAUGGGAGAGGACCACUGCACCAUGCCACCAUCCUAGGUCACACUGGGUUGGUUUGUCUCUUCUUGAAGCGAGGUGCAGACUACAACGCUACAGACAAGAACCAGAAAGACCCCAUAACGAUCGCUGUGGACAACGCCAACGCCGACAUCGUCACGUUGCUGCGGAUUGCCAAAAUGAACAAGGAGAUGCGGGAGAUGGAUGGAGCAUUUGGCCAAUCAGGUGAUGAAACCUACCAUGACAUCUUCAGAGACUUUUCACACAUGGCCUCAAACAACCCCGAGAAGCUCAAACGCCGCAGUGCAGACCCCAAAUCUUAACCAGCUGCUGCCUCCUCCUCAGCCUCCUGUACAAUGCCACAUUUCACACUUCAGCCAGACAAGAACUUGCAAGGACGUACAGAGAACAUGCUAGGAUUCAGCUCACAGACAUGCUCUCUCUCACACACACACACACACACACACACACACUGACUCUCUCUCUUUCUCUGGCUACCUGCCACAUGUUCAGUUCAGAGCUCAGCUGGUGUUGACUUCAGAGGGAUGAACACGUGGAACAGUGAAUUCUUUGUGCAAACACGUCAGAGCAGAACAGUUUUUUGUCCAAGUGGAAACACUGGAACAGCUUUAUGAGACCAACAUGAGGUGUCUUUAUGUCUAGCAGAGGGUAACACGUUCACUCUGCCAAGAUUUCCUAAUUAAAUCCUGUAAAAAUCCUCUAUUGUUUAGUUUUUUAACCAAAAAAUGCUGUGUUUUUAUGCCAUUUCCAUUGACUUGUUACAUGAAAAUGAAGUGAAGAUGUUUGGUGGAAAUGGACAUAAUUGUAGCAAAAAGUGGAAUUUAAUGUCAACUGUCUUCCAUCGAAUAGUAUUGUACGCAGAUUUUUACAUUUGGAACAUUUCUAGACACCGUUCAUGUCUGUUUAGUUUAACUAUGUGAGGUACUUUGGAUUUGUAUCACGAUCAAAUAAA